GUGCGAGAACUCCUCGCACUGGCGCUGCGCUCUGGCUCUCGGUCCUGGGACCCAGGAAGGUUUGGGUGCCCUCCUGGCAGCGUGCGAGAAAGCAUAUGAGUGGCGGCGAGCCUUGUCCGUCCUCACUGUACACCACUUGGAGCGCUUGGCAACGGAUAUCAUCAGCUGUGACUCGAUGCUGAUGGCUUGCAGACCCGGGUGGCACUGGCAGGUUGCAUUGGUUCUUCUGGGGUCCAUGGCUUCGGAUUCCAUGCAUCCCACGGCACUGAGUUACGACGCAGCGCUUCCUGCGUUUCAUGCUGGUGGUGGUGGGACGUACAUCCCAUCGCUUCUUGCGGCGUUGCCAGCCGUUGCUGACAGCCUUCACAGAAAAGUCGUGUGCGGCAGCAUGCUGGGGCAGACAUCUAGCCCGCCUGCCCGUUUGACGAUUCUGUGA